UAACAGAAACUGACCUGAAGGUCCAACAGGAACACCUUAAUACCUCACCAGCUCUCAGAUGCAGAGCAGUUUGUUUUCCAGACUCCGAGAUGAGAAGCGCGUCCGAGCUGGUGUCCUGUUUGCUGCUACUGGUUGGAGCUGUGACGGCCCAGACAGGUCAGCCCACCCACUAUGAGCGGCUCCUGCCUCAGUGGCUGACAGGAAUCAUUGCCGUCUCUGGCUUCUUGCUCCUCACCUUCGUCGGCUUCCUGGUGAAAAAGUUCUGGUGUGAGGAGUCCAACGGGAGGAACGCCAGCAUGGAAUCAGUGAGGGACAAUGAAUAUGUGGAGAGCAACCCCUAUGUGGGGAACCUGGACAACAUCAGGCCGAGUACCGGCAUGGAGAAAGAAAAUAACUACGAGACGAGGCUGGACAUCCUCAGGAGCAGAGACGGCAGCAACAUCUACGAAAGCUGCAUCCCUGACAGCUCCCAGGAUAAAUCUACAGCCAUGUGACCGUCCAGCAGCGAUCCUAUUGGCUCUGUACUCCUGCCUUCUGUAAAUCAAAAGAAACAAAAGCAUUGUGUUGAAUCUUCCUGUUGUAUCAUGUGAUUAUGUGUUAUUUGAGUUCUGAAGAAGAGACUAAUAACUGAUAGCAAAGUGAGCUCAUUAGUUGAGAUAUUGUUCUGCUUUCCUUUUGUUUCCUGUACCAAUUAAUCAGUUAUGUUUAUAACAAGCUGCUCCCUCAACUCUCAUUACUGAUCAAUGAACCAAUGAGCUGCUGUUAAUGAUUGAACACAGCGAGUCCACAAGAAACAGCUUCAGGAGAGAAGACUGAGGAAAUGUUUUCGUUCCUUGCAGAACACGAGGAUGCUGUAGAACUUUACAAUAAACAGUUCUGUCCAAA